CGUCACCGUGUUGUUGCGGAAGUGCCAGGAAACGCUGUGGUAGUAAUUUUCUACUCUGACAGUUGCAUUCAUUUUUCAGAGCAGAUAUUUCUCACCGGGUUAGUGUUUAUCGCACCGUCAUUUACGUGAACAUAACGUGAGUUAUGGCAGCUCUUAAAUACGCGGGCAUGGACGAUACAGAUAGUGAGGACGAGUUACCUCCCGGAUGGGAAGAGAGAUCUACGAAAGAUGGUUGGGUCUACUAUGCAAACCAUGAUGAGAUGAAGACACAGUGGGAACACCCCAAGACAGGAAAGAAAAAACGUUGUGCUGGAGAUUUACCGUAUGGUUGGGAGCAAGAAACUGAUGAAAAAGGACAGAUAAUUUAUGUUGAUCACAUUAACAAGCGGACCACAUAUUUUGACCCGCGGCAGGCAUUUACAGUAGAAGAUGUGGUGGUGAAGCCAAGAAGGUAUGAUGGAAACACGGCUGCUCUGGAGAUCCUUCAGGGUCGUGAUUUCUCCAAUAAGGUCAUCCUCAUUACUGGAGGCAACUCUGGCAUUGGCUUUGAGACAGCCAGGUCUUUUGCUCUUCAUGGCGCCCAUGUCAUCCUGGUGUGUCGAAACCUGUCCCGGGCCAGCAAGGCAGCUGGCCUCAUUCAGCAGGAGUGGCACAAAGCAAGGGUAGAAGCCAUGAUGUGUGACCUGGCCUCUCUCCGCAGCGUCAGGGAGUUUGCUGAGUCUUACAAGGCCAAGAAACUGCCCCUUCACAUUCUGGUGUGUAAUGCAGGAGUGUGCACUCAGCCCUGGAGUUUGACGGAGGACGGCCUGGAGUCCACCUUCCAGACCUGCCAUCUUGGCCACUUCCUGCUUGUCCAGUGCCUACAGGACGUGCUGCGUCGCUCCGCCCCUGCCCGUGUUGUGGUGGUAUCUUCUGAGUCCCACAGGUUCACAGACCUGUUAGACUCAUGUGCCAAGGUGGACCUGGCCCUGCUGUCUCCCCAAAAGAAGGAGUACUGGUCCAUGCUGGCUUACAAUCGGGCCAAACUCUGUAACAUCUUCUUCAGCAACGAACUCCACCGCCGCCUCUCACCUCACGGUGUCACCUCCAACGCAGUGCAUCCUGGGAACAUGAUGUACACCUCCAUUCAUCGGAGCUGGUGGCUGAUGACCUUUCUCUUCUCUCUGGCCAGACCUUUCACCAAGUCUAUGCAACAAGGGGCGGCCACCACGGUGUAUUGUGCCGUAGCUCCGGAGCUGGAGGGGUUAGGCGGCAUGUACUUCAACAACUGCUUCCGCUGCCUGCCGUCCAUCCAGGCCCAAGACCAGAGUAGCGCUGCCAGCUUGUGGGAGCUGAGCGAGCGCCUGGUUGCAGACAGGUCAGCAGGCAUACAGGCCCUCUGAUGGACAGAGGAGGAGGAGGAGGAGGAGGAGGAGGAGGAGGAGGAGGUGGUGAACUAGCCAAACAGGAAUCAAAGAUGAAGGAUGGUGGAUCACGAUGAUGUCCAGUUAGGUAUGAACUGAGUAAAAGGUAACUGUGCUCUUGUGAUUGCACAAGAGAGCUGCCAAACCAUAGAAGUCCAUCUGAAUAUGUUACGUCACUGCGGGGGCUAAAACACACUACAUUUACAGUACAGGAGGGGUUUUCAUAUACACUCUAGGGAAUAAAUUAAAGUCUGAGUUGUGUUCAGCUCUGCUGUGAUAGUUUACAAUGAGAGGUGGGGGGCGGGGAAAGAUUUAGGUCGAAUUCAGGGAUCUCUUAAAGUUAGUUUUUUCUGUUUGUCUCUGUAGCUUUAUAUAACUCUCAAGUCUUCUCCAUGUCACUACUGUCUAUUUAAAAGAGGAAAGUUCAUAGAAGCAAAUGACCUGUCUUGCUAAGAACACAGGGUUACCUAAUGAGCAUACACUCCAUGGCAUAUGCAUCUGUUUCCAGCAAUAGUGCACUAUAUGGCAAAUGUUUCGUCUUCCCAAUUAAAUUCAGUAUUCUCUAGUUCUACGUAAAUGUUGAUGUUUCCUAUUGACAUACCAAGAGCGUUAGUUAAUCGUUGUGCUAAAUCUUUUUGGGCAUAGAAGAAAUUAGGAGUAAUGGGCAUGUGACACUCAUGGAUAUAUAACACACUAGAGGUAUGAUUCUUAUGGCUAUAUACAUUAUUCUGCAAUAAUUGUAUUUCUUAUCAAUGUCCCUAUUCGUUUACUGUACAAUAUUUACAAUAUCCUGAUUUCUGGGCAUGUGCUAAAGGGGAGUGGACAUACUAUUGUUUUCUGUUUGCUAUUUGACUCAACCUACGUAUUAAUAAUCUAUACUCUGGUAAAUCUAAAUUACAAUUUGGAGGUAUUUGAGGGAUGAUCCGUGUCCAUUUGAGUAGCAAAUACAGAUGGUGGAGAAUCUUAUUUCCAGAGUCCAGGACCUUUAAUUUCUGUGUUUCUUCCCUUGUUGUUUGAGUAGAAGAAUGUCUCGUGUUAUUAUUUUAUCAUCAUUGUUUUAAUAUUGAACUCUGGCUUUGGGUUUGCUGUGGAUUGGUUGCCCUGAAGCCACUGUUGGGACGCUUUUGAGACAUUGUGCUUUAUGGCAGUCGGGGUGCCGUAGGUUGCUCUUGAAACAUCAGCAUUCCAGUGUCAUGAUAUCUGUAAGAAAAACAAACGAGAAAGAACAUUUAAUAAAAAUCUGUUUUUACCUUAA